CCAUGGAGAAAUCGUCAGCACAAUAAACACAUCCUCUCUAAUCUGUACUUCUCUCCUUUGCAAAGCAGAAAAGAAUUAAUCCAUGGAGAACGGAAAUGAUCAUGCUCAAGAUCAGCAAAAGAGUAUUGAAAAAGAUGAAGAACCAGUCAUCAACUAUAGAGGAAUCAAAGCCAUGCCUUUCAUCAUUGGGAAUGAGACAUUUGAGAAGCUUGGAACAGUGGGAUCUUCAACAAAUCUUGUGGUGUAUCUGAACACAGUGUUUAAUCUGAAGAGUGUGACUGCUACUACUCUUGUUAAUAUCUUCAAUGGCACAACAAAUCUUGCUCCUUUGCUUGGAGCUUUUCUCUGUGAUACUUAUUUUGGACGUUACAAGACUCUGGGUUUUGCUUCUGUUGCUUCCUUUCUGGGCAUGUCGGCACUAGCGCUAACCGCCGCAGUCCCCACACUGCACCCUCCGAAGUGUGUAGGAAAAGAAAGCAGUCAAUGUGUAGGCCCAUCAAUUUGGCAAUUGGCCUUUCUUCUCUGUGGAUUUGGGCUCAUAGCCAUCGGAGCCGGCGGAAUCCGACCAUGCAAUCUAGCCUUUGGAGCCGAGCAAUUCAAUCCCAACACCGAAUCAGGCAAGAGGGGUAUGAGCAGCUUCUUCAACUGGUACUACUUCACCUACACCUUCGCCGUUAUGGUCUCUGUCACCGGCAUUGUCUACGUUCAAUCUGACGUUAGCUGGGCUAUCGGACUGGCCAUUCCUGCCUUUCUGAUGUUUCUUUCAUGUGCUGUCUUCUUCAUCGGAACAAAAAUUUAUGUUAUUGUCAAACCUGAAGGCAGCCCCAUCACUAGUGUUGUUCAAGUCCUUGUUGUUUCUGUAAAGAAACGAGGCUUAAAGCUUCCUCAGAAUCCUGCUGUUUCUCUUUUCAACUAUGUUCCUGCAAAAUCUAUCAACUCCAGGCUCUCUCACACUGAACAAUUCAGUUUUCUUGACAAGGCAGCAAUUGUCACGGAAAAAGAUGAAAUAAACUUGGAUGGCUCAGCUGCUAAUCCAUGGAGACUUUGCAGUAUUCAGCAAGUUGAAGAAGUGAAAUGCAUGGUCAGAAUAAUUCCAAUCUGGGCAUCAGCUAUAAUCUACCAUGUUCCUUUAAUCCAACAACAGACAUAUGCAGUUCUCCAAGCUCUUCAGCUUGACAGACGUCUAGGAACUGGCAGCUUUGAAAUUCCUGCUGCAACAUUUAUAAUCUUUACAAUGCUUGCUCUUACAAUUUGGAUUCCUAUCUAUGACAGAAUCUUAGUUCCAUUUCUUCAAAGACUUACUGGUAAAGAAGGUGGAUUCACACUUCUCCAAAGAAUGGGGAUUGGGAUUCUUCUUUCAGUUCUCUGCAUGUUUGUUUCUGGGUUGGUGGAAUCUCACAGAAGAGAUAUUGCUCUCAGCAAGCCAACUCUGGGAAUCUCCCCAAAAGGUGGUGCAGUAUCUUCAAUGACUUGGCUGUGGCUGGUGCCUCAACUUGCACUUGCAGGACUUUCUGAAGGAUUCAACUAUGUUUCCCAGAUAGAAUUUUACUACAAACAAUUCCCAGAAAACAUGAGAAGUAUUGCAGGAUCUUCAUUCUUUGCUGGGCUUGCACUGGCAAAUUUUCUCAGUGGUCUCCUUGUUUCAACAAUCCACAAGAUUACUUCAGCAACUAAGUCAGGAGAUUGGUUGUCUGAGGAUCUUAACAAGGGGAAAUUGGACCAUUUUUAUUAUGUGAUUGGAGUUUUAGGGACAGUGAAUAUGGCAUAUUUUCUGCUGUGCGCUAAGUGGUACAGAUACAAAGUUCGUGAAGAUGAUGGAUCAGUGGAGAUGUCUAACAAAUCAUCAGUGAAGCAUCAUGUGUGAAUAGGCUUAUAUAGAUCUCUUGCAAAUCUGCAGUCCCCAUGAAGAAAAAUUAGCUCUUUUUGAGUUGCUGCUUCAUACAUAAUCAAGAUUUUAUUGCUCUUAUCUGUAUCAAUGCAGAUAAAUUAUCCCUGCUGCUUCUCCUUACAUUGUCUUUGAGAUAGAAGAACAAGUCUCAAUUCUCAAUUCUCAAAUUCUCAAUUCUCAA